UCAGUCCGACAAACGCAGAAGUUGCAGAAGUAACGCCUCAUUGUUGCGGGAGAAAGUAGCGCGUCAGGCACUGCUGGCCGAGAGCGCACGUGUGCUGCGAGAGCCAGGGAGAGGCUCUGAGGAACUCUAGCUCGGGGCGCUGCGGCGCUGUCGGUGUUUUAUUUCGUUUCAAACCUCGAGUUUUUGGCGUGUUUGGUGGAACGCUCGCCUGUGACGUCACGCGUGUGGCCCCGCCCCCGCCAGCCAGCGCUCCAUAAUUACAUGUUCUGAACUUCGAGCUGCAUCCCAACCGGUUACUUACUGGUAACCAUGGCGACCCGAGGCCACGCCUCCAGCUCGUUAAUGAGCAACCACACCAAGGAGCGAGUGACCAUGGCCAAGGUCACGCUGGAGAACUUCUACAGCAACCUCAUAACGCAACACGAUGAGAGGGAAAUGAGGCAGCAAAAACUGGAGAAGGUGAUGGAUGAGGAAGGACUGCCUGAUGAAGAGAAGCGCAUGCGCCGCUCCCAACACGCUCGUAAGGAGACCGAGUUCCUGCGGCUGAAGAGAACCAGACUGGGUCUGGACGACUUCGAGUCGCUGAAGGUGAUUGGACGAGGAGCGUUUGGGGAGGUGCGUCUGGUCCAGAAGAAAGACACGGGACAUGUUUACGCCAUGAAGAUCCUUCGCAAAGCCGACAUGCUGCAGAAAGAGCAGGUGGGUCAUAUCCGGGCGGAGCGGGACAUCUUGGUUCAGGCAGACAGUCUGUGGGUGGUGAAGAUGUUCUACAGUUUUCAAGACAAGCUGAACCUUUACUUACUCAUGGAGUUCCUGCCCGGAGGAGACAUGAUGACGCUGCUGAUGAAGAAGGACACACUGACCGAGGAGGAGACGCAGUUUUACGUAGCUGAGACCGUUCUGGCCAUCGAUUUUAUUCACCAGCUGGGCUUCAUUCACCGAGACAUCAAACCAGACAACCUGCUGCUGGACUCCAAGGGUCACGUCAAGCUGUCUGAUUUCGGCCUGUGUACGGGACUCAAAAAGGCGCAUCGGACCGAGUUUUAUCGCAACCUGAACCACAGCCAAUCAAACGACCUCACGUUUCAGCACAUGAACUCCAAGAGGAAGGCCGAGACGUGGAAGAGAAACCGGAGGCAGCUGGCCUUCUCCACGGUGGGAACGCCGGACUACAUCGCGCCGGAGGUCUUCAUGCAGACCGGAUACAACAAGCUCUGCGAUUGGUGGAGUCUGGGCGUCAUCAUGUUCGAGAUGCUGAUUGGUAAGAAGUUAAAUUUAUGCAAAUGAGAUCGCGAACCGUCAGAAUCGCUCGGAAUAUAAAUUAAAAAUAUUAGCAAAUCAGAUCAUUGCGACGUUGUUUCAGCGUCAUACUUUUCGUACAGUUUUUUUUUUUUUGACAUUUCAGCGUUGAUUCGUAAGUGUUUUGUGAGCCUUUUUUCGAACUAUUUAACAUUUAAAAAUGUUGAAAUACAGCUGACGUUAUUUCGAACCCUCACUAUCCUGAGAAAUCAGCCAAUCAGAAAAGAGUCUAACGAGCAUCGUUAGUUUUUGCAGGUUAGCAGAGGCUAGCUAGGUAACGCUGGCUAACGUAGCUAGCUGCUUAGCGUCAGUUACUGCGUGGCACUGUAGCAUUUAGAUCAUAA